AUGUUCAUCCUUAACUGGUUUUGGGACGUUCUUGCGCAACUUGGCCUUCUUCACAAGAACGCCAAAAUUCUUUUCCUUGGUCUUGACAAUGCAGGAAAAACUACCUUGCUCCACAUGUUGAAGAACGACCGUCUUGCUACUCUGCAGCCUACCCUCCACCCUACCUCGGAGGAACUCGCUAUUGGAAACGUCAAGUUCACCACAUACGAUUUGGGUGGACAUCAGCAGGCCCGGCGCCUCUGGAAAGACUACUUUCCUGAAGUCGACGGCAUCGUCUUCCUCGUCGACUGUGCCGAGCACGAACGCUUCAGCGAGUCAAAAGCUGAACUAGACGCUCUGUUGUCUAUCGAGGAGUUGUCGAAGGUGCCAUUCUUAAUUCUGGGCAACAAGAUUGAUGCACCAGGUGCAGUUAGCGAGGAGGAGUUGAGACACCAUCUUGGUCUUUAUCAAACCACCGGAAAGGGCAAGGUACCGCUCAAUGACAUCCGACCAAUUGAAAUUUUCAUGUGUUCAGUUGUUAAUAGACAAGGAUAUGGCGAAGGUUUCCGUUGGCUAUCACAAUACAUAUAA